GGGCAAACACGCAAGCAAGCAAAAGCAAAACAUGCAUCGAUGGCGGGCCAACAAACACCAAGUACAGCCCACCACAGGGCAGUCCAGAAUGGCCAGAGUAGCAUUUGCCGCUGGAACAGGCGUUAGCUUAGCUUAGUUCCAGGCUGGGCCAUAGCAAUGCGGGGGCGGGGAGGCAAGGAGCUGUUUGUAGGGUUGCAUCCGGCACCGUGCAAUCUGCAUCUCGUCAUCAAUAGUCUCGGGGCCCCUACAAAUUGGGGGAGCGACGAGAGAUCCCUCGGCUGCAACACGCAGGUCCAAGCAAGGCACGUCCCGUAGAGGUGGAUUUGGGGCAUGUGAAGUGCUAUAGGGCGGGACAGCAUUAACACACGGAACUUCUUCUUGUUGGUGGACUGAGUGAGGGGUGGGAAAGGUGAGGCAGUAGUAGCGGCAGGUUAAGGGUUAAUGCGAAAAGACGAGACGGGGUAGUGAAGGAUUUUGUCUAUAUAAGCCAGCAAUCAUCCUGCUUAUCUCUUGUCCUUUUCCUUUUGAUAUCAUCACCAAUCACUACUAUCACUCUUCUUCUUCUUCUUCUUCUUCUUCUUCUUUACACAUCAAACAUCAUCCAAGAUGCUCACCAUUGCCCAGCUCCUCACCCUGGUGACCGCUGUCUCCGGCGCCGCCAUCAACGUCCGUGAUGCUGCCAAGGUCCUCGCCGACCUCCAGACCAUCAACACCGACAACGACAACCUGCACAAGGCUGUCGAUGCCUACUCUGGCGGCAUUGCCAGCGCCAUUGGCAUCCUCAACACCUCCAACCAGCUCGACAAGGACAUCAAGUCGGCCACCUCGGACGCCCAGGCCGCCGGCGCUGCCAGCGAGGCCGAUGCCCAAAGCAUCAUUGACUACAUCAACAACACCCUCGAGCCUGGAAUCGCCUCCACCGUCCAGGCCCUCGAGGGAAAGAAGGCCCAGUUCGAUAAGGACGGCCUGACCAGCACUGUCCACGACCAGCUCGUCAAGCUCAAGGGCGACACUGACAGCCUCGGUGCUGCUCUUAUUGCUGAUGCCCCCGAUGACCUCAAGGACAGCGGCAACGCUGCCCAGGCCAAGAUUGACGGCGACUUCCAGGGCGCCAUUGACUUCUUCAGCAGCUAAAUGCGCUAAAAAGCGGGAGUGAAGUAUGGGCGGGCCUUUUCUGUGUAUAUUCUUAUCGUCUUUUCUCAAGCAGUACAUGCACUGUGCUUGCUUGCCUACUUACCAGAGACGUGUACGUACAUAAAACCUCCACCAAAUACAGUAAAAUUAUACAAAAGUACUUUUGUUCUUGUUUGCAACUGUGCAUGUUUUGUAAAAGGCCCUUUGC